UAUUUUGACAGUUAACAGAAGUACUAUUAUCGUUAGCCUAACACGUUUUUUUUGUAUUAUUAUUCUUGAAAUUUUCGAUAUUCUAUAAAAGUAUCUUUAGAAAAUGGUUCGUAAAUUAAAAUACCAUGAACAAAAACUACUUAAAAAAGUUGACUUUAUUACGUGGAAAGUCGAUAAUGCCGCAAAAGAAAAUGUUAUUCUUCGUAGGUAUCAUAUUCGUAAGCGAGAAGAUUACACAAAAUAUAAUAAACUAUCCCGUUCUAUUCGGGAACUAGCUGAAAAAAUAGCCAAACUCGAUAAAACUGACCCCUUUAAAGUAGAAGCAACAGUUAGACUGUUGGAAAAACUACAUUCUCUAGGUUUGGCAAAGGAUAAAUUAGAUUUGGAAACAGCGAGCCGAAUCUCAGCUAGUAGCUUUUGUCGACGAAGAUUGCCUGUUAUUAUGGUUAAACAAAAAUUGUCAGAAAACAUAAAAGGUGCUACAGAUUUAAUAGAACAUGGUCAUGUGCGAGUUGGACCCGAGAUGGUCAAAGAUCCAGCUUUUCUUGUGUCCAGAAAUCUUGAAGAUUUUGUUACCUGGGUCGAUGGAUCGGCAAUCAGAAAGCAUGUCAUGGAAUACAAUAACCUGCGAGAUGAUUUUGAUUUGUGAAACUUUGUUAUUUUAUACUAUAGGUCUAAGUUUAUAGUUUGAGAAAUCUCAAAAGAGUUUAAUAUGAGCAUCAACUUUUACAUGAAAUACAAAAGUAAGUGAGUAUUCACAUUAAUCUCAUUUGAGAUGACUCAGUUUUUGAUAUCAAACUAAGAAAAAAUAAAUAAAUAGAGCUGAUGAAAAUCAUAGAAAUGAGA